AUGUGCAGAUCAGAGCCACUUCUGAAGAUGUCCCUGUGGGUGCUGCUUUUCCUGGGUUUGGCGGAAGCCUGCAUUCCUCGGGAGGGUUUGAUGAGCAGACUGUCACCUGAUGAUAGAACAGAAGAAGAAAUGAAAGUGCUGAGAGAGGUCUUGGGUCUGCUGAGCCUCCAGGUGCUGAACGAAGAAACAAACGGCUGCAAGGAGGAAUUUAAGCCCGCUCUGGUCACCAGCCCACCCAAGAAACUGCUCCCCAAGAAGAAGAAUUCAUGGAACUUUUUGAAAUGUGCCUACAUGGUGUUAACCUUCUUGUUCGUGUCCUACAACAAGGGGGAUUGGUGCUACUGCCACUACUGUAACCUGGAUCUGGACAUCAGAAAUGACCCCUGCUGUUCUUUCUAGUGAGCCUGCUUCAUCUCAGCCUUCUCCAGGCCUCCAUCUUCCAGGUGCUGUCACCUCACCAGAAAGCUCUCUGUGCCCUGGAGUGCCAGUGUGGGGUGAAGAGUGGAGCCUCUGCCCAAGGCUUGUGGGAAGGUGCCUCUGGAGGCCCAGAGAGCUAAGCAUCUGCAGGGGUGUCCCCUGCUCCCUCACCACAACCUUGUCAGCCCUUCCCACUG